UCGAUGCGGAGUAUAGCAAUGUUGCCAGGCGGUCUAGAGUAUAAUUCUGAUGUGCUUGAUGGUGAAGAGGCUGUGACGGCCAUUCCAUCGCUGAUCAUAUUUGUGAGGUCUAGCUAGAAUUCCAAGCAUACUGCGUAGGAAGAGGAAGAGCCUGGUUCGGGAACCAUGAAAUGCGCCCUGAACCUGCCCUAAAUAACAACCCCUACUGGACUUACAAUCUAUAGCGGUCGCCUAGGUGGAGCUUUCGGAUGCGGACAUUUUCAUACAGUUAACUGAGUCAGUUGCCAUAAUGGAAAGCCAAGCCAGCCCGUCAAGGCAAAAAUCCAAUGGAAAUCAAUCCCGGCCAGGAAAAAUUCUGCAGAAGCGAAGCCGAAUACCGGAGCCGAGCCUUAGUCAUAGCCGCAUAUCAUCCCGCAUAAAUCGUUGGCUCGUCCGGCAUCGCGUCAGGAAUCCGCUCUCAGAGCCAAUUAUACUCCCUCAGCAACUCCACUAGUGGGGAGAACCAAAGAUCGUGCAAGAUGAAAGCGCGAUGUUGUGACUGGCGAGAAAUCCUGGGAGGCGAAAAAAAGAAGCUUUGCCCGGCAUGGGGACAUGUCUUUUUAUCUCUGGGGUAAUUCUGCGUAGGGAAAGGAUUCCCACACUCGUUCAUCCAUCCCACCCAAUAUUCCCAGGCAGACCAUGGAGAAGUCCACCUUGGCUGAGGAGGCUAUUCAGCCCACCGGCUACAAUGAGUAUGAUGCGCCUCCCAAGGACGAACUCCAGCUCAAUGUGGGUGGUCGCGGAGCGACACAACGCCGCCUCCGGAAUUACCAUGUCACCAUGAUUGGUUUCUGCAGUGGAAUUGGCACCGGUCUGUUUGUGGGAACAGGCGCGGCGUAUGCCAAGGCUGGCCCAGCUGGCUUAUUACUGGCAUAUAUCGUCGUGGGCCUGGUGCUAUGGUGUGUGAUGCAGAGCAUCGGCGAGCUGGCAACCCUGCUGCCCACAGCCGGAUCCUUCCCUCACUGGGCCACUCGCUUCAUCGAUCCGGCCGUCGGAUUCUCGCUAGCCAUCUCCUAUGGAUACUGUUAUACGAUUGCUAUCGCCUCGGAGGUCUCCGCUGCUGCUGUCAUUGUCUCCUAUUGGACUGACCUCACACCGGCCGUGGUCAUCACGGUGGGUCUAGUGUUGAUCCUGGCCAGCAAUCUAAUGAGUGUGCGGUUCUAUGGCGAAACUGAAGUCUUCGGCGGUGCAGUCAAGGUCCUCUGCUUUCUCGGCUUAGUGAUUGUCUCCAUUGUGAUCACAGCUGGUGGAGCGAACAACGAUGCCAUCGGCUUCCGCUAUUGGAAUAAUCCUGGACCGUGGACGAAUUAUAACGGCAUCACCGGUCCAACGGGUCACUUCCUGGGCUUUCUGUCGUCCUUUGUCAACGCUUCCUUCAGCUUCAUCGGUGUCGAGACCGUGGUUAUCACCGCCGCGGAGUCAGUUAAUCCCCAUCACGCGAUCCCAAAGGCUGCGCGCCGUGUGACAUACCGCAUCGCCUUCUUUUAUAUCCUUGGUGCCCUGCUGAUUGGCAUCAUUGUUGAUCCACGCAACCCAGCCCUCGUCUCGGGCUCCGAUAACGCGAACAGCUCGCCCUUCGUGAUCGCCAUCAAGGAGGCCGGCAUCAAUGCCCUGCCGUCGAUUGUCAAUGCAUGCAUUCUUGUUGCCGCAUGGUCCGCUGGUAACUCGUACUGCUGGGUGGGCUCACGCAUGAUAGUGGCCAUGACCACGGACCACCAGCUACCCCAAUUCUUCGGCCGCGUUACCAAGAAAGGCGUGCCCUACGUCGCUGUCAUUACCGCUUGGCUGUUUGGGCCAUUGGCGUACCUGAGUCUCGGCUCUGGCGGCGCAGCACAGGCAUUUUCCUGGCUUCUGAAUCUCAGCACGGUGGCUGGAUUGAUCGCAUGGGCCACGCUCUCCUUCUGCUACAUUCGUUUCCACGCUGCCAUGAAAAGGCAGGGUAUCUCUCGUGAUACACUUCCGUGGAAGGCACCCCUGCAACCCUAUGCUGCCUGGGUAGGAUUUAUUGGCUCCACCAUCAUCACUUUAGUCGCUGGAUUCCCCGUCUUCUUGAAGGGUAAUUGGUCUUCGUCGGACUUUGUGGCGUCGUACAUCGGCAUCCCCAUCUUCAUUGUACCGAUUAUCUUAUGGAAGCUCAUCAAACGUACUAAGUUUGUCCGGGCUGCCGAUAUGGAUUUGUGGUCGGGCCGUCUGCAAGAAGGGGAGAUCCUGGUGCAAAGACGCCCUCCCCAGAAUGUUUGGGAACGCUUUGUGGACUGGCUUGUAUGAUAUAUCGCACACUGUAUGUCGUUCUACACUGCGAGCGACGCUGCCGAUUCAACACGGACACCGUACGCGAGUGAGCGCCUGACUCUCGAGUGCCCUGGACGGCCCUCAGGAAUCGCGCCCGCGACUGUCUUUUUUUGUAAAUAGAGAUAGACCUUUGCAUGGCUGGGGACUGGGUCCCGGCCGAGCGUUUUGUAUUAUAUCAACUAUAUGAGCGAAUGAAGA